GGCGUCACUACCGGGACGUUCACAACUGCAUUGUAAGCUAGAUGAAGUCGGGGAUGUUUGUGCCCCUCGAGGGCAGUGCGAUGAGGCUAGCCUACUCGACAGGUUACCAGAUUCUUCAUGCCGAAGAUGGCGUUGCCUUAGGACACCGUUCUGCCGUCAAGGCCCACCCGCCAAAAUGUACGCGUAACAAUGACGUCCAUACUGGGCCAGGUCACUUGUCCGAGCCCGUCAUAGGGCUACACGUUUUCGUGACGAAAGAGGCUCCGACCGACCAUUACACAACCUACAGUCAAUUUCGUACCGUUGUGGGACUUGUGGCCAGCGCCGAUCUUGCCGCCGAUUGCGAUUUAUUUGCCAUUCCCGAGGCCUCUCGGAACCGCUAUAUUAAUGAGCGGAACGAAACCUCCCGUGUUUACAUGCCGGACUCGGGGGAUGUGCCUCUUCGUCAACGAAAUCCCUCUCUCGCCCUUCCUCCCACUGUUCAGAGUUUUCGCACCUAUGGAGUCGAGGCGAACCAGCAGCAUGCCACCGCGACUGUUGUGUCUAUUGUCUGUCCUGUUUGUAGUGCCGGCGAGCUGCGCAACGACCAUCAGGGAAAUGCUGCUACUGCUCCUGCUCGGGCCGGCGACCUAGUCAAUCAUGACUCGAAUAAUGGUUCAAAUGGCAUCGCGCCCGUGAGGUUUCUAGCAUAUCCCGUCUGCAAUUCUCGUCAGCUAGCUUCUAGCGGACGGGCAGCGGUUGAAGGCAUUGAGAAACAGCGACUUUCUGCACCGGGUGACGAUGACCCAGAGACUGUCGAGAAGCCUGGGUCCCAGGGCCGUGAGGUUAAGCGCAAAUAG